CUCUUCUGUGUCUCUCUAGUAAACAUUCCCCGUUGUCAAGUGCCAGAUACGAUGUAGAGCAAUAGAGCCGAAAAAACAUACGUGGAUAUUCCCUAGUUCAAUAGAUAGCUGCACGUUUACAAGAUUACUCAAUCAGAAAAGUGAAAGUUUCUGUCUGUAACGUAGAAGACUUGCAGACAAACAUUAUGAAACAACUUGCGUUAACCUUGGGGCUGUUUGCAGUGGUGACUCUCGGUCAGCGGGUGGUACCUGGUGUCAAUCCUAAUCAAUACCAACAGCAACAGCAGCAGCAACAGUAUCACCCGCCUCCACAACAGCAAUACCAGCAAGUUCCCCAACAGCAGAUGCACUAUCAGCAGCAACAACAACAGGUGCACUAUCAACAGCAACAGGUUCCGGUGCAGCAGCAGCAGCAGUACCAACAGGUGCCCGUACAACAGCAGCACCAUCAGCAACAACAACCACAGCAUACGCCGCAACAACACGGAGACCAUGGUGUACAUCAUGGCCAGCAACAACAAGUGCUAAAUCCAAAUAACAUUCAGCACGAGAAACAGCACAUUGCCGAGCAUAUGGAAGUUCCGAUCGAUACCAGCAAGAUGAGCGAACAGGAACUUCAGUUCCAUUACUUCAAGAUGCACGAUUCAGAUAACAAUAAUAAGCUGGAUGGGUGUGAACUGAUCAAGUCGCUCAUCCACUGGCAUGCGGAGAGCAAAAACCAGGAGGCAACCGGUCAGCCUGGCCACCAAGAUAAGAUCUUCUCGAACGAUGAGCUGUCCGCGUUGAUUGAUCCCAUUCUCAACUCGGACGAUCACAACAAGGAUGGUUUCAUCGACUAUCCGGAGUUCGUGCGGGCACAGCACAAGGCAGCACAACAGGGGGAAGCGCCGCAGCAGUAGUAGUGUCCCGUUCCUAGUACACGACAGCACAGACACUAGCCAACCGAGCCAUAGCAGAACUACAUAAUUAAAUCAUGACAAAACAAAAAUCGAAACAUAAUUUUGGGAAAAAUUAUUUGAAUGCAUUUAGUUGUGUAAAUUCCACAAAACCAUCGAGUUUCUUCACGAUUUCUACUUGUGAGCUGACCUUCCGUGAUUGUGAUGAACAAAUGUUACAUACAGGUUACACAAAGUUAAAUUUCUCAUUUACCACAGAUGAAGAGGUUUCCAGGCAGGCAGGAUGUUUGUUUUCCAUUGAUGAAUCUCAACCAGACACACAUCUCAUGCUUUAUGAAGUUAUUCGGAAGUCUCCGGAAAGUAUUAGACUGUUUAUGCGUUUUAAGGCACUGUAUUUUUGUAAUGACAAACGUGUUUUUUUUGAAGAGUGAAGUGGAAAAUAGAACAAUAUUGAGCGAU